UUUGUUCAGCGGGACGCGCUUGCAUGCACUGUGCACACUCGUUUUACAUUUUGUGCCAUUGCAAUGUAAAGCGGCGGUAACAUUUAUAAGAAUAAUUCUAAAAGCUCUCAACGAUAUUAUUCUUUCAUUUCACAUAUUAUGGGUAGAUUGUGCACAGAGUAAAGGUUAUUAAGAAGUGAGGAUCACUGCGGAGGGUUGACAUAGAAGAGGCGAUGCAAAGACCGCUGGGGAUGCGGGCGACACGCGCGGAGUCUGUGUCUGAAUGGAUCAGCGACAGUGCUGAAAACGGGAUCCUGAUUCUUUGGGAUAUAUAACGUACUGCUGAGGUUCUAAUACUAAACCUAAAUCCAGACCACCUUCCUCUUUUGCGACAGACAUUAAACAUGAAGUAUUCGUCCCUAUAACGGUGAUGAUCAGUGUCAUUUCCUUUGACGGUUCCACAGCACAGAUUCAGUCGAUGAAAUGAAAGGAUCUGCUUUAAAUUCCAACGGCAUAUUAAGAAUGAUUUCAAAAUUCCCCAGAAACAAGUUGCCCAUGGGGGCAGCUCUAGGCAUAGCAGUGCUAUAUUGGCUCUACAUUUUUACACUGUACAGGAUUCCCAGCGACAAGGAGAUCGUGAAUGAAGUCUUGCGACAGGGAAAUGUAUGGAAGAAAAACCUGACGGCAGCCUUGAUGUUCAGGAAGCAGUUAGAGGAGUGCUGUGACCCCAAGAACCUCUUUGCUGUGACCAAACAAAACACCCCACUGGGCUCCACCCUUUGGUAUGAUGGUGAAUUCUUUCAUUCUCUCUCAGUCAACAAUGACACCUACUCCCUCUUCAUAAAGGAGACCCCGCUGCAGCAGGCCUUAAAGAAGUGUGCAGUGGUUGGCAAUGGUGGAAUCCUGAAGAACAGCGGUUGUGGAAAGCACAUCGAUAAGGCUGAUUUCAUCAUGCGGUGUAACCUACCACCCUUGUCCAAGGAAUACAUUCAAGAUGUGGGAACCAAGACGCAGUUGGUGACAGCCAACCCAAGCAUUAUUGAAAAAAGAUUUCGGAACCUUCUUUGGUCCCGGAAAGCUUUUGCAGAAAGUGUUAAAAUCUACGGGUCAAGCUACAUCUACAUGCCUGCAUUUUCAAUGAAGCCUGGCACUGACCCCUCCAUUCGUGCAUUUCACACGCUGUCUGACAUUAAUGCCAACCAAACCGUCCUGUUUGCCAAUCCAGAGUUCCUGUGGAAUGUUGGAAAGUUCUGGAAAGCAAGAGGAAUCCAUGCAAAGCGACUGUCUACUGGUUUGUUUUUAGUUAGUCUGGCCUUGGGGUUAUGUGAAGAUGUGACGCUUUAUGGCUUCUGGCCUUUCUCAGUGGAUCUCAAUGAACAAUCCAUAAGUCAUCAUUAUUAUGACAACGUUCUGCCUGAUUCUGGUUUCCAUGCCAUGCCAGAAGAAUUUUUACAGCUUUGGCUCCUCCACAAAAGUGGCACUUUAAGAAUGCAUGUUGGGCCCUGUCCCGACGAGGUUUAGUAACCAUCUUUUUAUGGAACAAUGAAAAGUGUCUAGCCUGUGCAUUUUUGCCAAACCAGCCACUAGAAUGUGCAAGGAAUAUUCCAUUUUAUUUAAAUUAUUUUUGUUUACAUUAGAAAUUGGGAUUCAAAUCUGAAGUUAAUCUGUUUACACUAGAACGACCAAGGAAGUUUUUUGUUUGACCAGAAUUUGUGUUUAUUUUCUUUUUGUGUCUGAAAUGAAUAGGAUUUCUUUGCUUAUUCUUAAAUUAUAUUUGUAAAAGGCGGCAAGAGCUGCAAAAUAAGUUUCUGUCAAUCAAGAGUUAACGCUGUCCCCUUUAUUCUAUCCAAAAGCCAUUAAGAAAGCAACAACAACUGGCCAAAGUUAAAAUUCACUGUAAAUCAGUCAGUUCAAAGCCGCCAUUGUGAGUAUUUUGUAUUACUUUUACCUUUUUAUCAUUUUUUAAGCUCUGUUUUUGCUCUUUACUUCAAGCUUGUCUUUAGCAGAUUGGAGAACUGAGCAUUUACAUACGUGUAAAGUAGUAUCUGAUGGUGUUAAAAAGCAUCACUUUGUAGAGAGGACCUAAUGGGAUUGUCCACCUGAGGACAAAUAACAGAAGACACACUGUGCUGUUUCAGAGCUCACAACAUUUCAGAAGAACAAAAACGUAGACAUUAAAUCAGGUUAGAAAACAAAACUGACUUGGUGAGAACUGGUCAAGCCAUAAUCUUAAUAUAAAAUAAAUUAUUCAUAUUAUUAUUUGGCAGAUGAUUUAGUACAAAAUCAGGGUAUGUUAAAGACGUGCCAAUACUGUAUUAUAACUGGACUUGUUCAGGGCCGUACAAUGAGACAGGGAUUGAACCAGCAUUCUUGUGACUUAAAGUCCAGUUGGAAAAAGGCUCAUGAAAAUCAUAUUUUACUUCAUCAGUCCACAUGAGUAUCCCACAUCCUACCAAACUCUUGGUGGGGCUGGAACACAUCACCUUACUGUGGACCUAAAAAGUCCACUGCUCUGUCUAUUUGCACCCAAAGUUAAAAAGCAGGCAUUUGCACCCUUAAGGCCUAAUGAGCAGGAGAACUGCAUGAUCGUAUGGUGACUAUGAUAUUCAUCAAGUAAUCUGAAAGAAAAUGAGCUGACACUAGUGGGGGCUGAGGGGACUGAGGAGACCACUAAGUGUUCACCAGGCAACAUAUGGGAUGGAACAGCGACAGCCUCAAAUUCAGCUCAAAUGAAGACGUCCACACCAACUUCUUUUUGCCAAUCGCUUUGUUUCAGUUUCUUUUCUGCUUGAAGGAAAUACAGUUUUCCUUAACCAGCAUGUGGCAGGUAUAACAAAUUUGAAUCUGUCAUGGAUGGUGGAAGCUGUAUUUGCAUUUUAAGUACGUGUUUCUGAUAUCGACAGAUAAUGUAUACAAAAACUAAUGUGAAAAAUGAGCAGCACCUGAGUUUGACACAGUUUUGAUCUAUUCAAGUUUCCAGGCAUGUUUGCAUUAGAAAUGGAGAAAUUAAUCUUGAUUUUACAUGCGGCGAUUCGCAGAAUUCUCAAUCACACAGCAUUGAACAGAACAUAUAAAAUUAUUGUUUCUCUUGCUCUCUCUCUCUCUCUCUCUCUCUCUCUCUACCAGUUUAACGGCCAAUUUGUGGGCCCCCCCCAGAAUUUUGGGGGUUAUUAGAUUUAGAGUUUCUUUGGUCAGCUUCCCUUAGUCACCUUUUACGACACUCCAGAGGGAUGGCGACCUUAUUCUAACUCCAGGUUCAAGGGGUAGCAAAUAAGAUUACUGUACUCUAUUAAAUUAAGAAGAAAAACUUUAGUGCAUAUAAAAUGAAAUAAAUGUUUAAUUUAGCAUUUCUGUUGUUGCUCUUUUACAUUUCCAAUGAUUUUAAAAAAAAGAAGAAUUACAGAACCUCUUCCACAUCUGCACUGGGUAUUUAUUUUCCAUUGAAUCAUUAUGGAGUUUUUUUUCUUUUAUUUAAUAUACUUUCUGGCCAGUUUGUAGCUUGUUCGAUAUACUAUUCUUUAAGCACUGAAUACCUUUUACAUUUUCUUUUAUAGCUGUCUUUUCAUUAACAUGGCUAAUAUAACCGUCCAUUAUAUGGAAUACUCACUUAAGUGUAUGUUAUAGUUAUUUUUCUUUUUUAUUUAUUUAUUGUUAUGUAUUUAACACUAUAUUCUUUUUAGCUCUACCUAUUUAUAAUAGGUACACAAAAACGUUGGUCGUUCUAGUGUAUUCUGAACUGUGAAUGCUUUUUAAAUUAGUGUUAAGCAGAUUCAGCUAUUUCAGUCUGGAUAUUUCUGAGAAGGGCUUUGGAAUUGCACCAUCUGCAUUAAUUGCUCUGCAAACAUGCCAAAAAAGUUGUUUUUUUAAUUCCAGAAAAUUCUUUUUGUCUUUUAGAAAGCUGCUGUCCAUUACUGUUUUCAUCGGAUAUAUAAAUGUGCAAAAGCAUGUCCAUCGUCACACAGACCUGUUUUAUAACAUGCAUUUUAUUCCAGUUUUAAAUAAUGUGAAAAAUAAAGCUAUUUUUUUCUGUUUUGAGACACGUAAGUGUACAUUUUGGCAGACAUUUUACAAUAAUUGAAUUAUUCAGUGAGCUAAACUACUUUAGGGUACUUUCAUUUGGACAGUGACUUUAGACUCUUUCUUUAUUGUUCUGUACUGUAGAUUAUAUGGAAUGUUGUGAAGAAACGUUGACCAUGUUCUUGAACCAGAAGGAAAUGUUUUCAUUUUUUGGAGCAUUGCACUAUGUUUAAUUCUUUUUUUUUUUAUUUUCAGAUUUUUUUUUGUUGAUUAUAUGUUAAUGUGUGGCUGUUAUGUAUGUGUAAUGUGUCAGUUCAACAGUAAAAACAUUAUACAUGGUUGAAGCAGCAAGUCUGACGCCAUGCUUCUAUAAAAUGAAGUUUUAACAGAUGCAGGCCAUCUGAGGUUAAUUUGAAAUAAAGCAUAUAAUAAUUCAAAAGACUUAAGGCAAAAAAAAAAACCAACUUAAUAGAAAGUCAUCGUUUUUUUAAUUUUUGGGCUUUUUCAAAUUCAUAAUUUUAUCAUAUUUUCGGAUUUUUCGACAUUUUAAUCCAGCCAAUGUUUGUCUCUUAGGGGGUCGUUCCUUUAAUAGUAGCAAACUGGGAACUGUCUAGAUGUUUUGGACAUUUCCACGUGUUUUGAGGUUUCAAUGUUUUUAUUAAAGAAAUGUUGGGGUUCGCCUUUUAGAUACUUAAGUUUUUGUUGAAGCAUGGUAGUAGCUCUGAAAAAUUGUACCAAGUGUGAACUAAUAGACAUGGGAUAUUUGAGCUAAGCCGUGCUUUUUACAUUUCAGAGUAAACCAUAGUAGCUCAGUGACAAAAAAAAGUCAUACAUGUGCAAAAAUUAGUUUUACGCAGUAUUAAUGUACAGAAAAAUAAUAGAUGUAGGUUGUGCUGUUUUAGCAGAGCUAUAAGGGCAUUAAAGAAUGUAAAAAAGAGUCAUCUGACAGCCAUGAAUUCUCUUGGCCAACAUUAUCUGUCUGUUAUGAAAAUCUCAUGGAAUUCAGCAGUUUACUUAGUUUUUAGGAAGAAUGAUGGUUGUCUACAAAUGUUGUGAUAAAAUUUAGAAAGGGUCAGUGCCCAAGCAGAGCCUCUGGUCCGUCAUCCUUCAUAUGGUGCUUCCAGGAUCAAUCCAUUGAGCUGUGGACUACUUCUUUAGUGUUUUCCUUUUACACAAAGUAACACUGAAGUAUCAUGAAGGUCACAGUAGGUUUUGAGCCAAUGACUGGAUUUUCAUCUAUGAGAACCAUUGUGUUCUGUUUCCUCUUUAAAAAAACGGUACCCUUGUGAACCAAGGCAUACAAGGGGUAAAGGAGUGUUUCUUACUACUCUGAUUUAUUUGAGAUACACUGCUUUACUUUUUUAAAAAUAAUUAAAGCUAUGUCAGGCUAAACCAGAAGUACUUUGACUACCUCAUGAGUAUAGCAGGAUACAUCAAAAGAAACUCCAAGAAAAGCUAAAGAAGACGUCUCAGAUGUAACCAUCUUUGCUUCUUUUACUACAGUUCCCUUAACACAAAAAGGAGAAAAUAUAAGUAGAAACAGUUUAUGUCUUAGAGCAAUUUACUCUCUUGCACUUUGAAAGAAAUUCAGUAUAUUUGACAGCAACGAAACUGAAACUAAUGGGCACCAUGGUGGCAUUCUGCUUGGUGCAGCUGCCUUAUAGUUCCUGGGACUGGAGUUUAGUGCCUCUAAGUUGUUUGCGCUUUUUCCCCAUGUGCGUGCAAGUUUCCCUGGUCACCCUUUACCACGUUUGAUGAAUUAGCAAAUGUAAAUAGCCCCGGGUGUUAGUGAAUAGAUUGAGGCUACACUGGUGUGGGCUGCGGCUCACUGCGACCCUGUAAAGAACUGUGUGCUUUCAGAAAGUUUACAGAUAAAGUUAAGUUUGACACCGAAAAACUCUCUCAUGAGAAAUACUGCCUAAUCUGACGAACAAAAAAAAAAAAAAUUAAACUGUAUACAGUAGUUGUAUGAACGCUCAGGAAUCCACAGGGAGCUCUUAAUUUAAAGAUGUCUCAGAUAUACAAAACGAAUCAGUAAAUUAUGACAAAGAGAAAGAAAGUUCAGUAGUACGCUCAUUCUUUUAAUCAUUAAACGUGUACUUUGUGUCUGGUAACAUUCCAUUUCAAAAUGAAUGAAAAUUGUAACCUAAUUAUAAAAGUGUCCAAAUAAGCCUGCAGCAGUUUGGAAACAGGGGAGACAUUACCACAAGCCCUUGCACACCUUUCAAAGAAGCGUUAUGGACGUAGUACGCUGUUGAUGUCUGUUGAAUCUGCUGUCAUUGAAGUUUUAUAUAAUCAUCUUUUUAACUAUGGAUUUUGAACGAUUACUUUGGUAAAUGAAACCAUGGAAAUAAGUACUGCUGGUGUAUUUAAGUGCAUUUACCUAGAAGGUAAAUUUCAUUUGAAAUAAAUAUGGGAAUGUCUUUUCAGAUUUUAUAAAUGGCAUGUGAAUAUCGCUUUUCGGGAAAAUUGCAUGUGAUUUUCUCUUUUUUUUUUUAUUUAUUCAAGCUAAAUAAUAAUGUUUUUAAAUUAGUUUUAUAUUCCAUCCUGUACUGAUGAUGAAGAAGACAUUUUGUGAAAUUUUUAAAGAGUAGUUCCUUAUGCAUGGGAACGUUCAUUGGAAAAUGAUUAUAAUAGAAAAUCUCAAAUGGUUAUUUAUUUAUUAAUUUAUUUUUCCCAUGGCAGCUGUCUACCAAGGUUUUAGGUUUUUUGAUAAGCUUCUUAAGUUAUUGUCAGCAUUUUUCUAUGUCAGCUUCGGGGGCGUUUUAAAGCCUUAUUUGGAACUGUAUUCUAGCAAUAAUCGUUGUGAAUUGCAUAAAUUGAAAACCAAUGUUACAGUUUCAAUGAACUGAAUUGAACUGUUGUCCGUAACCUAUGAAUAAGUGAUUGUGUUGGUUACUUAAGAAGCAAAUACAUGUUUAGAUAUGAUAAUGAUAGUUCAUGGCAUUUCUAAUUUUGUUGCUGCUGAGCUUUCAGGUAGCUACAGUAAAAUGCAAACUGUUUUAAGUAGUAGCCACUCCUGGCCAUAAUGCAUUCCCCCUGGUAACAGUUAGUCCAGCCAUGUUAAAAAUCAAGAAUGCAUGUCAUACUUAAUAUGGUAGCAUUUUCCCCAUCUGUGUGCCAUCCCACCUGCCUAACCAGAGCUGGCGCUGCUAGAGGUACAAGGGGUCAGACUGUAUGUUAAGUAAGAGCAUACGCAUUUUUAGUGGAAAACAGCUAAGUAAAACACCACAUAUUUUGCAGGCAGUCAAAUUAAGAGAGGAUGUAUUCCCUUCUAAAAAGUAAAAAUCUAGGAGUGCUGCAUGAACCACACACAUUCAUCCUUCUAGCAAAUGGGGGGAAGCCCCACCCAGUAAUGACGUAGGACACCCCCUGUUGUUGAAGAGCAUCACAUCUAUAUUGCUGGGCAACAAUAGUGGGUGUCAUCCUCCAUUUUGAAUCUAUUGGAGAAUUGGUGGGGCAAAAUAAACCCUUGUACUCUUCCAACUAAAUUCACAUGCCAGAUGUGUAUCCAACAUUUUCAUUCUGUUGUUUAAAGUUUUAUUUGUUAGACCUACAUUCAAUAAAACAAUGAUAGAUUAUAAAACACUAGAAAAAUUCUGAGUUAGUUUGUGUCCUAAAAGUGUUUUGCAAAAAAGAUUAUUGCUACCAAAGAGAUAAAAUAAUCCAUUUUUUUUAUAGUUUCAUUCAUAUGGAGCCCUUGCCAAAUCACGCAAGGUGGAAUAAAACAAUGCAUUGAAUACUAGUAGGAGCAAACUAUGAGCAGGAAGUCUGUUCAACUGGCAAACUACAACUCUUUGUCUUAUCAUGCGGCAGAAGUAAGUUAGAUAAAAACGAACCUUUGACAAUUCUCAUUACUUUAAAAUAUAUAUAAUGUAUAUAUGUAUGUAUAUAUGUGUGUAUAUAUAUAUGUGUGUGUGUGUAUGUAUAUAUAUAUAUAUAUAUAUAUAUAUAUAUAUAUAGUGGAGGCUUGGGGGCAGCACUGAAUCCCAAAUACAAAUGCACAAAAAAGUCCUGGGUUCAGAUCAAAAUGUUUUUUAUUACGCAAAUAUCUUACAUAACAAUAAAAAGGUUAUCUCUUCUCUACUCCACUCUUCUUCCUCUUCUCCCCACACUAUUACUUCUCCAAGACGAGUGUUGCCUUUCUUCCUUAAAGCUCUGACUUGUCAAGCUAUGGAAGUGGGGGCUCCUAUUAUAGAGGGGGAUGAAGUGUGCCCUGCUAUCCUCUUUUGCCGAUUCCUGUAACCUUUGGGCAUCCCAACCAUUUAGUCCAUCCUUCCAUUAUUGCAUCCUAGCUGGGCAAGAGGAUUCCGUCUCCAUCCUAGGUGGGACACCCAAACCGUCCUAUGGGGCAUCAAUAAUAGAUAGAUAUACAGUAUAUAUGUACAAUAUAUAUCUAAUAUAUAUAUAUAUAUAUAUAUUAAAAAUGAUUAGUUUAAACUUCUUUACUCUGUAUUAUUAAUAAAGUCACUGAACUGUACUUUUAGCAAAUGCUCUUUUCACAAAUGGGGACCUCAUUGAAUCAGGAAUAAAAUUGUGAAACUGCCUUAAUUGUCAUAUUGAGUGAUUUGUAAAAAUACUACUCUAUGUAAGGUAUACUGAAAUAAUUAAAUACAGAUUAUACAAGAUAUUCAGUGGUGUUUUUGACUGGGGUGGUGGUUGGGGGGGCAGACGUUCAAGAACAGUGUGUGAUAGGAUACUUUUAACCCAAAUUAUUUUUGUAGUCACCUGUCAAUUACUGUAUUACAAUUUUUUUUUUCUCUCUGUUCUGUAAGAUUACAUGUGAAUUUCAGCAAAUGAACUACAAUGCAAAAGAAGCAACUGAAUGCCUUGUGGAUGUAACUUUUUUCUUUGUGAAAAAUCGACUUGUACAGUACAGUAUGUGAAUUUGCUUGAAAUCUGUAAAUUUGGAUACUCUUGUAACAUUAAGAACCAAUGGUUUUCAAAGAUAACCAAAAGUUUGAUGUAAGUGGACUGCUCUGCUUAGUUUUGAGAAUAAAGUUGCUCUUUUAUAAAAGUGAAA